AUGGAUACCAAAGCCAAGGAGCCGGAAGGGCCAUGUAACCUCGAAUAUGUGCGUCGCUACACCCAGUCUCUCAACUACCCGCUAGAGAAGACGAGUGACAUGUCCGAGGAGAUGCGAGUCGACUGCAAAGAGAUUGUAGUCAACGCACUGGAGAAACACGAGGACAGCUACGAGCUAGCUGCCAAGUACGUGAAGGAGCAGAUGGACAAGAAGUUUGGACCUUCCUGGCAUUGCGUCAUUGGCGAGGGAUUCGGAUUUGAGAUCACCUACGAGGUGAAGCACCUGAUGUACAUGUUUCACAAGGGUUUCAUUGCGAUUGUUGUCUUCAAGGGCCUCUAA